AAAUAAAUUAUUAUUAAUACUCAAUAAAAAUCUGAAAAUUACUCAGAAAUCAUUUUAAAAUUUAUGAUAUUGUGUCAUAAUUAUGAAAAUUGUAAAAGUAUGGAAAUUGGGUCUUAUAAGUUACGAUACGGGUUUUAAGAUCCAGACAUCUAUAGCACGUAAACAUUUGGAUUCAAUGAGAAAAGGAAUAACUAAAAACUAUGACACUUUGUUGUUAGUUGAACACAAACCUGUCUAUACUGUCGGUAUCAGAGAUGACACAUCAAAUGAAGAGAUUUUAAGGUUACGCAGUUUGGGCGCUGAGUUCCGAAAGACAAACCGAGGUGGUCUCAUCACAUUCCAUGGACCGGGACAAUUAGUAGCAUAUCCCAUUAUAAACUUGAAACACUUCAGGCCAAGUGUGAAAUGGUAUGUUAACAGCCUAGAAGAGACUAUUAUACAAAUGUGUGAACAAUUAGGUAUAAAAGCAGGUAGGUCACCCCAUACAGGAGUUUGGGUGGAAGACAAUAAAAUUGCAGCUAUAGGUAUCCACGCAUCCAGAUAUGUCACCACUCAUGGUAUAUGUCUAAAUUGUGACAAUGACUUGUCAUGGUUUAAGCAUAUUAAACCUUGCGGUAUUGAAGAUAAGGGUGUAACCUCCUUAACAAAAGAAACCGGUAGUUUGUGUAGUAUAGAUAAAAUGACCCCAAUAUUUUUACAUCAUUUUGAAAAGGUAUUUGACUGUAAGUCCGAGGAGCUAGAGACAGACACUCAACGAGAGAUACUUAGUAGUGUUUAUAGUAAUUUGUUAAUUGCAUAAUUUUUUUUUUAUUACAAUUAUUAUUAAUAUUGUUGAAUAUAAUGCUCAUAGUUGAUGUUUAAUUUU